GAAAAGAUGGACCUAAGAUACAACAGCGAAGUUUACAAGAUAGAAAAAACUGAUAAUGGUGAAAAGGUUAAGGUGUUUUGGAAAUCUAAGGGAAGCAAGGGAAAUAAAGAAUACGAAGUAUUUGAUAGGGUGAUUGUUACUCCUCCAUUGGGUGUCGUCCGUCAUUGGGAUCUACCUUCAACAUUAUCAUAUGGCAAACGACGUGCAAUUCGUGAAUUGAAUUAUGCAGCAGCAGGAAAAAUAUUUCUUCAAUUCAAAUCUCGUUUUUGGGAAACAAACGGACAGCCCACAACCUCUGGUGUUGGAAUUGUCGGUGGUACCACAUCGACCGAUCUUCCGGUUCGUACCGUAGUCUACCCUUCAUAUUACCAAGGUAUAUCACCGAAUAAUACCGGGGUUCUCUUAGCAUCUUAUACAUGGGAAAAGGAUGCAACAAAAUACGGUCCAUACAGCGAGGAAGAACAGUUUGAACUUGCAUUAAAAGACAUAGUAACACUUCAUGGAGAAAUAGCACUUCAAGAAUGGAUUCCGGGCAAAGAUAAUAAUAAGGCACAUUAUUGGCCGAAUGAUAAAACCGUUGUUGGGGGGGCCUAUGCAGAAUUUGGACCCGCACAAUUAGGAGCAUUGAUGGAAUCUAUGAUGAGAUCGGAGGAUUAUAUUCAUUGGGCUGGGGAGCAUACCGAUGUAUUUCACGCUUGGAUUGUUGGAGCUUUAAAUUCAGGGGUUAGAGUAGUUAGAGAGAUUUUACUUGAAAAUUUGAUGAAGGAUAGAUG